AUGGUAUACAAGCAGUUGAAGGGCAAAGUACCAAUUCCUGAGGUGUUUGGGUGGAGCGAAGACGGUGGCCAAGCAUUUAUCUACAUGUCUUUGAUAGGGGGCGAACCCUUGGAGCAAAGAUGGGGUGCUUUGAACGAUGAAGAGAGAGAGGCUAUCUGUAAAGAACUCAACGGCAUGGUCAAGGCCUGGAGAUCGUUAGAACAGCCCGGCCAAGCCCUUUACGUAGGUGGCCUAGAUAAUCAACCUCUAAAUGACAUAUUUCUUUCCGGUCACCGGGAUUUGGCUGGCCCAUUCCACGGUGCAGACGCCGUCCAGAAAUUUCAGAAUGGCUGCGAUAUCGAAAUUGAUGGGGAGGUGCCCGUGGUCUUCACGCAUGACGACAUUGUGCCCCCAAAUAUCCUUUUAUCGCCCGGGCCGAAUCCAGUAGUAGCUGCCAUCAUUGAUUGGGGCCAGGCAGGGUGGUAUCCUGCUUACUGGGAGUAUUGCAAGGCGCGUCGCGUCAGGCCAAAUCCGGAAUAUUUUGAUGAAGACCUGGAUGAAGAAUGGAAUAUGAGAUACCUGCCAACUAUUUUGGACCCGGUCGAUGAUGAGACAGUAUACCACCCUUGGCUGUCGUUUGUCUUGUCCAAGGGUUUCUAG